AAAAAUCACGCUUGCUUUGUUUUGUAGUUUUUAGAGCGAAUCUCUUCUACAUAAAUAAACUUCUUAUUUCUAGUAGACAAAAUUUGGCUCCUCUGCUAUAAACUUUCUGUUGAAUUCGUAGCUCUCUGUGACGGACUCGGUGGUUCAAAUGUUCAUUUGCAGAAAAAGCUUCUGAAAGAGAGAGAGUCAGAGAAUAAAAACCAUCUUAUUCCUAUCCGAAUCUCUGGGGCCGAUCGCCACUGCGGGGUCUGCGUCCUUUGCCGACAUGAAUUCCGGCGAUCUUUGCCAUCCCCGUUCUCUUUUACAUGAUUUUGUCCAUCAUACCCGCGAAAACAGUUUGUAUUAAAAGAAGGCGCGCAGAGAGGAAUUCAGAAAUCCUCGUUGCUCUGGAAUCAGACAUCCGAAAGGAAAGCGAAGGGGCGAUCGAAUGAGAUGGAGAAGUACGAGAUGGUGCGCGAUAUUGGAUCUGGAAACUUUGGAGUUGCGAUGCUGAUGAGGAACAAGGAGACGAAGGAGCUCGUUGCCGUCAAACAUAUUGAACGAGGGCAUAGGAUCGACGAGAAUGUGGCAAGGGAGAUUAUUAAUCAUCAUUCGCUCCGCCACCCUAAUAUAAUCCGAUUCAAGGAGGUGGUUCUGACGCCAACGCAUCUCGCGAUCGUAAUGGAGUACGCCGCUGGUGGAGAACUUUUCGAGCGGAUCUGUAACGCCGGUAGAUUUAGCGAGGACGAGGCGAGAUAUUUCUUCCAGCAACUCAUCUCAGGCGUCAGCUACUGCCAUCAAAUGCAAAUAUGCCAUCGAGAUUUAAAGCUGGAGAACACUCUCCUCGAUGGAAGCCCUGCUCCGCGCCUCAAGAUUUGUGAUUUCGGAUAUUCCAAGUCUUCAGUCCUGCAUUCUAGGCCGAAGUCCACGGUUGGCACACCGGCUUACAUCGCGCCGGAGAUUUUAUCCCGGCGAGAAUAUGAUGGCAAGCUGGCGGAUGUAUGGUCUUGUGGUGUCACUCUAUACGUGAUGCUUGUAGGAGGCUAUCCCUUUGAAGACCCAGAAGACCCUAAGAAUUUCAGGAAGACAAUACAGAGAAUAAUGUCAGUUCAGUACACCAUACCCGACUAUGUCUAUAUUACACAGAACUGCAGACAAUUACUUGCCCGUAUCUUUGUCGCCAGCCCAAGCAGAAGAAUAAGGAUGAAUGAAAUAAAGAACCAUCCAUGGUUCCUGAAGAACUUGCCAAGAGAGCUGACAGAAACUGCCCAAGCUGCGUACUUUAAGAGGGAUAAUAACACUCCGACCUUUUCUCUCCAGGCAGUGGAAGACAUAAUGAAGAUUGUGCGUGAGGCCAGAACCCAGUUACCAUCUUCAAAGUCUAUAUUGGGCUAUGGCUGGCCUGUAGAUGAUGAAGAGGAAGAGGAAGAUUAUGAGGAACUAGAGGAAGAAGAAGAGGAGGAAGACGAAGAUUAUGAAGAAACUAUUACAAAAGCCUCUAUUGCAUAUUCUAAUGAUGCCCCUGCAUCUUCUUCCAGAAGCAGAGAAUCUCCUCCUGUUGGCGCCAAUAGGUUAAAUUCUGAAGAAUUCCUUAGCUACGACUUUGAUUUCCAAUGAAUUUGGAUCUAUUAGUGGAGAGAUUAUUACGUUGAGUCGUCCGGAGGACAAUUAGGAUGUUCUACAUCACCUGAUACACUGCGGUAUACAACAACAAUACACAACGUAUUGGUUAUGUGGCGUGUUCUGAUUGGUCUCCUGACGACAUCCGAUAACCGAAUGUAAUAAUUUCGCCUCUUCUUGAUGCGGGUAUGGAUUUCGGUGGCUGCUAUCUUUAUUAUAGUUUUAUAAAAUAGUUUUCUAUAGUUUUGUACAUAGUUCAAACACUAUUUUAACAUGGAUUUGAUAGCACGAAUAUAUUAUCGCAUGGAGGCCUUGCUUUUGUAGCAUUAUCUUAAUAAAAGA